GUGUGAGGCAUUGAAAUGAAUGGAUAUUUCGGCCAUUUUUUGGUGGCAUUUGUUGUGUUGACUGAAGUGUUGACAACGUAUUGAUCGGAAGCGUUGAGACAUCUUUGAUGACAUUCACCGCAUCUCCGAGUGUUUUAGACAAGUUUAAGCGGCGAAUGGAAGGCCAUCCGAGCCAUGGGUCACAACAGACGUCCUCCGAGACGAUCUACAUUCAGGUGCAGCCGACCAAUGCAUUUGAUGGUCAGACCACUGACUUAGACACUGUUGUCCAACAACUGCAACAACAACUACACGACGAACAGCAACAGAGGCUUCAGUUGGAACAGGAAUUACACACUUUUCGCGAGAAGAACGCAGAACUCGAGGCCAAACUCCGCACUCAACACAAUCUGAACAAUCAGUCGAAAGGACAGCACGAGAACCAACUGAAGAGAUUGAAACAGGAGCUGACGAAAGGCGACGCCACCGAACACGGAUCCGCUCGCAAGCGGACAAUCACUAAGAUCUCGGAGCCGACCCAUACGUGCGAUGAGUGUCCGUUCGACACCCGAUCGGAGGUAUCGAUUAUCUUACAUAAGAUGAACCACGGAAUCGCUCAAAAGCAGUUCGUAUUGUCGACCACUUGUUUCACCACAAGAAACACCAAUUCAAAGAACACCUACUCGUGUCCCGCUUGCGAUGACGCGCCCCGACUCACGCGCCAUGAGGUCUAUCGCCAUAUAUACGAAACCCAUACAAACGAAAAGCCGCAAAAGUGUCCAAAUUGUGAAUACAGUUUCACUCAUUCGGACUAUUUGUCUGAACACCAGAGAGAUAAACACGCGGACGAAUUGAUCGCUUCGGCCAACAAGAAGGUGAAAGUGACGACAAUAACUCCUAAUACGAACCGCUCGGCCAUUGUUGUCGUGUCUUCGAGUAACGGAGCCAUGACUUCUGAAACGGCGUCUGCGGUCGCAUCCAUUACGGGCGGCAUUAAGACUGAGGGAUCAGGAGAUAUGAUUGGCACGCCUUACACACCGAUGCGCGGCCGACGGCCUGCUAUGACCCCACAGAAUGUUGAGUUCAAAUGCACUUUCCCUGACUGUGGUUUUGUCACCAACUCUCAGGAAAAGCUUGAUUUCCACGUCAAAGCCCACACCAACACCAAAUACAAGUGUCCGUAUUGUCCGUAUGUAAGCAAUACUAUUGUAGACAUCAAACGCCAUAUCCAGAAGAGUAAGAAACACGAGGGCCAGAAGGUGUACGCCUGUCAACAGUGCGGUUAUGGCAGCGAUUGUGACCGCACUUUCAAAGACCAUCUCCGAAACUAUCACUUCGGGUUAGAAGCGCCCGAAAAUAUGAUGGAUUACUUCAUUGAAGAGAUGUUUAGCAACAAAAACAAGAGAGCGCUCGCAGAGGCCUAA